AUGGAGCAGCAGGGUAAACAAGGAGUGGUGGUAGCCAAACUGUUACCCAAUCAAGACCCAAUUAAGUUCGUACAGUUCAAGUAUAAGGAAUUGGAGGAUGGCUUCAAGUCUUGGUUGUCCAAACAGUCUUUGGCUGUCGAGGCCGCUGUUGUCACUGCCACCAGCGGUGUUCAAGGCGCUGCCAUCGGAGCCAUCAUGGGUACCAUCACCCCUGACAUCUCUUCCUCCAUGCCAACUACUCCUCCUCAGGUCGCCCACAACCCUCAAGCCAUGGCCUCUCUCAAGCAAGCCCAAGCUUUGGCUGGUGGUCCCUUAAUACAAGCUCGCAACUUUGCUGUAAUGACUGGAACUAAUGCUGGUAUAGCCUGUAUCAUGAAGAGAUUGCGUGGCAAGGAGGAUGUCCAAUCUAGCAUGGUUGCAGCUUUUGGUUCUGGUGCCAUGUUUUCAUUGGUGAGUGGCAUGGGCGGCCCAAACAAUGCUGCAAAUGCAAUCACUUCUGGACUUUUCUUUGCAUUAGUUCAGGGUGGUCUUUUCAAGUUGGGGGAGAAGUUCUCUCAACCACCAGCUGAAGAUUUGCACUAUGCCAGAACAAGAUCCAUGCUAAGUAAUCUUGGCCUCCAAAAUUAUGAGAAGAAUUUCAAGAAAGGGUUGUUAACAGACCACACUUUGCCUUUGCUGACUGAUAGGCAAGGACCCGGAGCUGAGAGAGAAGACAUGCAAGUCGUGAUUGAUGAUGCGUUUAGAAAAAAUGAAUUAGCUAUGAAAGAUCACUUUGUUUUGCUUGGAACUGCAAUUCAGCAUCUCAUGGUGCAUCCUGCCUAA